AUGAAGCCGGCGCGCGCGGCCGUGUGGAACGCGAGGGCCGCGCUUCUGUACUCCCUGGGCGGCUGGACCACGCUGGGCGCCCUCAUCUACCACAGCCAGCGGGACAAAGGCAGCACCGAGAAUGAAAAUGAUUCUGAUGCAAACCAAGGGACCCGCAAAGAAGUACACACUAAGGAGUAUCCUUUUGGAUUGACAGUGACAACAGAAAUAACAUACAAAGAGGUUCAGCCUCCUCUUACGCGACUGCUGAGGCGUGUGGUAUCAUUCUUUGUUCCUAAUGACGGCCCUCCUUCCGAAAAAUGAGCUGUUCAGAAGCUCGGAACAUUGUGCUGGACCUCUGAGAACAUCAUCCCAGUGCCUGGCACCGGACCACUGCUGGGAAACUGUCCCUUGCAUUGCUGAAACAGCAGCUCUGCCCAGCUGGUGUGAAGUUGCUUUCCCAACUGGUGUGCAGGAUGUAUCUGGAUGAUCCAAGAUGUACCUGGGAUGGCUCCUCAGCUGGCAGCUCUGAAAUGGAUACUUUGGGAAUGAUUAGUAAAUGGGAAGUAAUGUAAUUUGAUGUUUUGGGUAUGAGAGUUCAUAAUGGUCCUUGAAAUAAAA